AUAUUAGAUGAAUGUCAUAAGUGUUUUAAUAAGGCACGCUUUUAAAUGUAUCAAACCAGAUAAAUAUUAAUUUUGUGUAGUAAAUAAAAGUGUAGAAGUUCCUAAAUAGAAUCAUAAAUUUUUAUAUUAGUUAUGUGAAUUAAACGACCAUAAUUAGGAUAUGUUCUGUGCCAAAAAGUAGAAAAAAAUUGUUCUGAAAAGCAAAAUAUGAUGGAUCAGAAAAGUGAGGAUAAAAGUAAACCCGCAGAAAAUGGACUUGUAUAUACUGGUGAUAAAGGUCCAAAAUUUGGUGUGAGGUAUACUCAAAUAACAAUUAGUGCCAUUGGAACUGGCAUCAUGUACGCAACAACAAUCACUUUUUCUACUCUAUUAGUUGCAAUGAUUACAGAAGGAUCUUCAACAAAUCCUAAUGUACCUUAUUACGAUUAUGGCAAACACAUGUCCAUGCUGUAUACUUGUGGCCUGGCCACAAGUCUUGUUGUUCAGCUGUUUGCUGGUCAUUUUGGAAAAGAUGGACCCAAAUGGUACAUGGUCGGUACGUCUCUACUCAAUGGUCUAUCUUUGGGAGCAAUACCAUUUGCUGCCAAAUGGGUGGGGAUCGGAGGAGUUGUAGUAUGCAAGUUGUUCCAAGGAGUGGCUCAGGGAGGUUUUGAACCAUUGAGUACUUGUGUAGGUGGAUUGUGGGUACCGACUGAAGAAAGAGCUCGUCUCAGUUUUAUUGGAGUUGGAUGUGCUACAAUGGCCGUUAUGCUUGGAUCUAUACUGGCUGGACUAAUAUCCAAAUCGUCCAUGGGUUGGCCAUGGGGUUUUUAUAUAAUAGCAAUCAUUAAUCUGGGCUAUACUAUAAUAUGGGCUUUAUUUUUCCAUAACACACCUGAGACUCAUCCAAGAAUCACCCCAGAAGAGAAGAAAUAUAUUCAAGUGUCUUUAAGUCAACAACCUGGAAAGAAUAUUCCAACUCCAUGGAAGAAAAUCAUCCUCUCCAGACCAGUGUGGGCUAUUAUCAUAGCAUUGAUUGGAACCACUUUUACCAUGACUUAUAUGGGUUCCUAUAAAGCACUAUUUCUAUCUGACAUAAUGAAAUUUGAUAUAGCGGCGAAUGGAAUUGUACAAGCUAUACCAACACUCUGUGCAUGCAUCAGUGGUAUUUUCAUUUCAUUCCUAAGUGACCUAACUGUCAAACGACGAUGGCUGUCUAGAUUAAACGCCAGAAGAUUCUUUCAGAUACUUGGGUGUACUUUUUAUGGACUGGGUCCAGUAAUAAUGUCUUUCAUCCCAGCGGCAUACAACAAAUGGGCUGUAGUAGUCAUGUCUGUUCAAGAUGUAUUUUUGAUCGUGUUCAUCAUUGGCGGUAGUAACAUCAACACAUUCGAAAUAUCACCGGUUUUCGCUGGAGUAAUCAAUGGAAUGGCUACCACUUGCGCCAAUCUUGUUUCUCUACUAGCAACAUACUUAUACAAAUGGGUUAUUAAUGAUCCGGAAAAUGUAGCAGAAUGGAGGUUAUCUUUUUGUAUCACUGCCAUCAUUACCAUAACUUCGGGACUAAUAUAUGGCGUUAUGGCUUCAGAUAAAAGGCAGAAUUGGGAAGGCAAAAUAGAAGUGAAUCCAAACGAAGCAAAGAGACAUAGCAUCACGAGUAUCGAGCAGGCCAUUACUAGAAUGUAGUUUUUAGAGGGAUAUUUAUUUAGGAAUGUUUUUAUUACUGUUUAUAUAUUUUACAUACCAACAGCCUAGUAUUAGCCCUUACGGCUAAUACUUUCCGAGAUACAGCCGAGAGCUCUUCUUAGAGGGACACCCUGUAUAUCGAGUAUUAAAAAAUAAUUUUAAUACUUAAUUUAAUCAG